AAAGGGCCCGGUCAGACACCAGCCCCAGCCUGGUGCUGGAAGGUCAUUGUUGUAGGUGGCAUUAAGCCCACAUCGGAUCAGAUCAUGUGACAUUGGGGAAGUUCUUGACCCCGCUGCAGUUGCUGGCCCCCAUUAGCCCAUUAGCCCUGCGCGUGCGUACACGGUGUCACACUGUUGAGACCAUUUUUUCGGGCACCAGGGCUCUCACGGGUUCUACCAGCGAACUAAUUCCACGUCGAGCCCUCUGACAAUGUUUUUUGAGGGUGCUCCGUUGAACAGAAAAUCACCGCCAUUCUAGAUUCGCAUUCGGAGGACAGCAGGGACCCGCCACCUGCCAGGGCUGACACGGCCUGCAUUGCUGCAAAUGAGCCAGGUUUAGCCUCCGCCAGCAGGCUUUAAUAACCGAAGCCGCGCAAGCGCAGUGCUUCCGCACAGCCCAUGCCCGUGGCUGCGGAUUGGUGGGCUGGGUCACGUGACCGGGACUCGCCUCUUCCCGGAGGCCGGGGAAACAGUCCGCUGGCUUGUUUCCGGUUCGGUAGGUCCACGAUGACGGAGCCGGGCGCCUCUCCGGAGGACCCUUGGGUCAAGGCAAGCUCCGCGGACGCGCACGCCGGCGAGGGGAGGGCGGGUCGGGCUCGUGCACGUAAGGGGUCCGGAAGACGCGGGGCUCCCCAGCUAUCCCCGGAGUCUCCCCUGCUGUCCGGGCCCCGGGGCUGCAGAGAAGACAGCUCUCACCCGGCGUGUGCCAAGGUCGAGUAUGCCUACAGUGACAACAGCCUGGACCCUGGACUUUUUGUAGAGAGCACCCACAAGGGGAGUGUAGUGUCCAGAGCCAAUAGCAUCGGUUCCACCAGUGCCUCUUCCGUCCCCAACACAGAUGAUGAGGACAGUGAUUAUCAACAAGAGUCCUACAAGGAGUCCUACAAAGACCGGCGGCGGCGCGCGCACACUCAGGCGGAGCAGAAGAGGAGGGAUGCCAUCAAGAGAGGCUAUGAUGAUCUACAGACCAUCGUGCCUACCUGCCAACAGCAGGAUUUCUCCAUUGGCUCCCCAAAACUCAGCAAAGCCAUCGUUCUUCAGAAGACCAUUGACUACAUCCAGUUUUUACACAAGGAGAAGAAAAAGCAGGAGGAAGAAGUCUCCACGCUGCGCAAGGAUGUCACGGCCCUGAAGAUAAUGAAAGUGAACUAUGAGCAAAUCGUGAAGGCGCAUCAGGACAACCCUCACGAGGGAGAGGACCAGGUCUCUGACCAGGUCAAGUUCAACGUAUUUCAAGGCAUCAUGGACUCCCUGUUCCAGUCUUUCAACGCCUCCAUCUCGGUGGCCAGCUUCCAAGAGUUAUCAGCUUGUGUCUUCAGCUGGAUUGAGGAGCACUGUGAGCCACAGACUCUGCGAGAGAUUGUGAUUGGCGUCCUCCAUCAAUUGAAAAACCAACUCUACUGAUGGCUCCGGGAACCCUGCAGAGCAGCCAGCCAGAGGCCUUUGAGUGUUUGGUCACAGAACUGCGGAGCCUGAGACUGGACUACAGUACCUCACACCAGUCAGCUGGUUUCUACUUGGUGUUUGGUUUUCCCAGCUCCACCUGAGCUUCAGUGAGGCUGAGUGUUUUGUGAAAGCUUCUGAUUAAUUUAUUGUAUUACCCACAAUGUUGAAACUACCCCGCAUUCCCCUUCCUAGGAAAAGUCUCUAGGACAAGUCUGUUCAGGGAACCUCACAGAACCCCUGGCCCCUCCUCUAGCCAUCGGAUUUCUGCUUACAAUCUCUCUAUAUAAUUUGGAAAUUGUUUGCCUCUGCCUGGUCUCUUGGGCAACACUCAAGUUUGGGUAUUUUGGCAGUUCAUUUAGUUGGAGAAAAGGAAAAGAAAUUGUCCCAUGACCAUGAAGGGUGAAAGGCCAUGCUGUGCCUAGGCUAGGGCUGUGUGGUCAUUAAGGCCAGAGUGUACUAACCGGCUCAGGGUAGGGGUACCCGGUUCCUGCUGCCCCCUCUUGUUUUACCGCCUACUCCCUCAGCUACUGUGCGUGCUAGAGGAAGCAAUGGUCCGUCAACUCUUGCCCUGUAUCUUCCCAAAGGCAAAGAAAGGUAGGUGUCCCACAGCAUUACAUAUGUGGAUUUAUUUUCUAAAUAUCAACAGUGCAUUUUUUUUUUUUUUUGUAACACGUUUUCCAAAGUGGACCUCCAAAGUACCCCAGCCUCUUCUGUGGAAUGUAUCUGUAUACCUAACACCACCAGUAUGUUGCCUGCACUUCUAGGACCUGGGACUAGAGUAAGUGGCACAGAAGACAUUCAGGUCUUCUAGGGGUAGGCCAGGGUGAUGCCUUGGUAUUCUCAAAUGUUGGCAUGUGACAACCUUUCUGUACUUUCUCUCCUGUGUUCCCUGCUGCCUUCCCCAGGUUUGAUAUCUGGGAGAUUUGAUCAUCCAGAGGAAAUUAAGUAUUUUUAUAUCAAAUUAUAUUACAAUAAAUAUUCCAAAUACUUUCCUUUA